GGACACUUUUAAGCUCUAUGGAAAUUCAUUUAAAUUUUAAUUUAAACGUUUGAUUUAUAAAUCAUCCAUUUGAGUCCAUUGAGUCAUAUUUUUUUCUUGGAUUUCGUCUCUCCGUGCGACUUUUACCCCUCAUUUAUCAUCGGGUCUCCGUCACAACUAGUCGGGGUGGAAACGAUGUACACAGCUUUGGCUGACAACAAACUCUAGAAAGCAACAGCGCUUGUUUUUUUUUUUGUUUUUUUUUUUUUUUUUUGGAGAGGUCACAGAAAGAGAGGAUGAUCCCGCCGACCAGCGCGAUCCAGGACGAAAGUGGGGGCAAAGAGGACGAACGGGACCAGGAUGAGACACCCAAAUCCCCGACACCGAGCGCCAGCCAGAAAGAAACCAAGAAUACUGCAAGGCCUGAACACCAAAAGCGGAAGCUGCAAAGACUCAAACGCUCCUUGUCUUUCAAGACUAAAAGCAUCCGCAGCAAGAGCGCCGACAACUUUUUCCGAACCAGCAACGAGAACAAGACGGAGCUGCUGUCUGACGUGAGCGGUAGCACGAGUCAUCUCUGCAACAUUGGGAUGGCCCCUCCACACACCACCAACCUGCCCAUUCCUCCGGUCCCGCCGGCCAUCCCCAGCGCUCCCCCUCCCACAUCGCGCUCCCAGGCACGCAACCCGCUGCAGGUAGACUCAGCAGGACACUGCUUCAUGGAGCACAUCUUUAAGAAGCCCACAUUCUGCGACGUCUGCAACCACAUGAUUGUAGGCACGACAGCCAAGCACGUGGUUUUCCUGGCGGGAAACACGGCAAAACAUGGCCUCCGCUGCAAAGCCUGCAAGAUGAGCCUCCACCACAAAUGUGAGAAUGGAGUUGGAACGCAGCGCUGCAUGGGGAAACUGCCAAAAGGCUUUCGGCGGUACUACAGCUCCCCGUUACUUAUCCAGGAACAGUAUGGCUGCAUCAAAGAAGUACUGCCCAUUGCCUGCGGGAACAAGGUGGACCCGGUGUAUGAAGCCCUGAGGUUUGGGACGUCGCUGGCCCAGAAGGCCAAGAGGGCGAGCGGCUCUGAGUCUCCAAACAGAAACUCGACCAGUGACAUGGAUAAGGUUUCAGAGGAAGCUAUGGCCCACGGCAGCAGGCAGGAACUUUCGAGAAAACACAGCGAUGACGUUUUCACAGUCAUUGAAAACGGGACUGAAUGUUAUCAACUGCCCGAGACAAAAACUGACGACGUACCGAUGGAGCAGAGCCAGCUACAGAAAGACAUGCUUAAGCUCAACACCUACGUGGCCUUGUUCAACUUCACCGCCCAAGAGAGCCAUGACCUGGAGAUGAGAGCGGGAGACAGAAUCUUAUUGGCGGACGACUCCAACGAUGAUUGGUGGAAGGGGGUUAUUGAAGACAGGAUUGGUUUCUUCCCAUCAGCCUUUGCUCAUCAGCUGCAGGCUGGAGAUCAAGUGUUCAGGUGUAACAGGUCGUUUAUCGGCUGCAAGGAGCAAGGCCAGAUCACCCUGAAGGACGGCCAGAUCUGCGUGAGCAAUGAAAGCGAACAGAGCGGCUUCAUCAGAGUGGCAAGUGGGAAGAAGAUAGGCUACGUGCCAUGUGACGUCCUUGAAAUCAUAUGAAGCAAAGUCAGAGAAAUGAAGACGGAAGAAAAGAAGAAGGAGAAGCGGUCAGCUCCCUGAGAGCGAGAACAGGAGGCACCAAUUACUGAGGAAGGAGUUCACCUCAUCAGAAACUGGAGUUUGAACUUAUAGAGCGGUGAUGGUUUUGUCGCCGAAGACUCCACCUUGAUGCAGAUUAGACUCUCCUCAGUAUAGAGAAAGAUGUGAAGCCAACAAACUGGUUAUUGUUUGCAAAGGAGACAGGACAUCACUGUGUCACUGGUUUUAUUUAAUUUAUAGAGCUAUAUGUAUGUUUUCCCCUAUUUCUCCUUAGCUUUAUUUUACAAUUUUUCCUUUUUGAAAAAGGCUGCCAUUUGGCUUCAAGCCUCAAAAAGGGAAAAAAAAAUUACACUCAAAUUACAGUUUUUCAAGUUUUAAGUAUGACAGAAUUUCUCUGUAAGUAGUUUUUUUUCACAUGCUUUUAUAUUAUUAAAUGUUCCCGUGUUUAGCUAAUGCAAAGUAUUUAAAAGGUUUUAUCUGGAAUUCAUAUUCUGGUUGGUAAAAUCCCUGACAUCAGGCGUUGAUGAAAGAUGGAAAAAUGAUUCUUUUGAAAUUCAAAUGUUAAAUGAGAAGUGCCAGAGAGAAACAUGAGGGAGUUUUCUUUUUUUCUGCUUUAAAGUAGGAAGAGAAAGACAUUCGAAGAUUCUCAAUGGUCUUAUAAAACCACCCGCUGUCUUUGUUUGAAAGAGAAAUACAAGCAACACCUUUAAAAUCAAUCCUAAUCCUAAAAUCAACACGUUACAUGAAUAAACACCAUACAUCUUGUUACAAUACAACAUUUUGCAUUGUAAGCCUGUAUCCUGGCAUGAUAUCUUACAUUUUAAGAACUUGGUGGCUCAAAACAAAGUGAUGUAAAGAUUUAUUUUCAUUAGAGUUUUUGAUUCUUACUUUGGAUACCAAAAUUUCAGCCCUCAAGCAGAUAUUUCUAUAUGUUCCCUUUUAUCAUAAUCGUGCAGAAGGUUGUCAUUGAAGUUAAAAUCAGAAUUAUAUGAAUGAAAUGUUAUUUCCAUUCUCAUUCAUUGUCAAAUGUAAAGUUUUGCAUCGUCUCAAAGGGGCAGUUUCUAGUUUUAUUUUUGUGUCAUAAAAAACAUUUGUUUUCAUUUAUUUAUUAGUUUUUAAUUUUUAAUAUUGAUCUUUCCUCAAAGACAUAAGCUAUACCUACAGUAAUAUUCAGAACAAAAGUUUUUAAUUGAUUUAAGUUGGUUUGGCAUGCAGAGAUAUUGCCUGGAAACAAAAGAAAAUAUAACAAACCAUAUAAAAUGAUAAUUAAUUAAAAUAAUACAUUUAUAGCUAGAAUUUAAAUUUAAAAGUGAUCAUAUGUGGUUUUCUUCUUUCUCAGCUCUGAUUGUUUGACAGCAAAUCUUGGGAUUUUACUGAAGUUUAUUUAUGCCGUGUUGCAAUAGUCGAUAUAGGAUACCUGUUGAAUGUUGCUCUGCACUGAAACUUGCCUUUACCGAGUCCUCAAAAUGCUUUAUUUUCCAUAAUG